UAUUAUAUAUAUACAUACAUAUAAAAAGCACAUAGACAUUUUAAUUAACUUUAUUACUUCUGAAAGCUGCGUAAUGAAAAGUAAUGCCGCUCAUUAGAUUGCAUAUAACAAACAAAUUGUUAUAAAAUCAAUUAUACGAUUAUUCUAUAGUUUAAAUUGUAUUUUAUUGUUUAUACAUGCAGAGUAAUGUAUAUAAUUUUUAUCAAUUUCAAGUAUAUGAUGUGUAAUCGCUUGCAUAAGUCACACAGAAUUACAGCUUGUUGACAGAGUUGUCGCACCGCAAAAUAAGAAUGCGGCAAGGCUACUCAUGUUUCAUUCCAGACUGUCGAUUCUCGAUUCGACCGCUUUAUAUAACCAGUCUGGUUGUCCAUGCGAACGUGCGAACAAUCUCUAAGGGCUGAGCCUUUUAUUUUAAAUCCUUUUUUUUACACGCGGAUAAAGAAGUUGCACACGCUUUGUAUAUAUCGUCGUAUCGACGAGAAAGAAUUCUAUAAGUACCAUACAUCAAAUUGUCAGAUGACAAGGAUCUUUGAAGAGCCUCGCCUAUCAAUCACUAGAAGCAGAAAUCAAUAUCUGUGUAUUGUCUAAACAUCUUCUGCAUUUGCAUUUCUGUGCAACGAAAAUGCGCGGUAUUACAGAAAGGACGCCUUUAAGAAGGCAUAUGGAUUCACCCGACUACGUCGAAUUCGCCAGCCUCUUAAGGACUCGAAGAACGCGAAUACGACAGUUCCAAUGCUGUAUUUGCGGUAUCCUAAUAGUGGUCUUCACCAUGGCUCUGGUGGUAUCCAUCAGCUAUUCCAUCAGCCACACUAAUUCCUAUCCCGCGAUCGACAACGUAACAUCCUCCAGAAAUUUAGGUAGUAUCCUGAAAGGAUCGUUAGGAUUCGCACCUGGAUCCGCCUUGCACGCAUCCUUCAGUAGCACCGUUAGUGCCAUAGCCGAACCCAACUACAUUCUGGUACGAAACGCGAACGUCGAUACCUUGACGAAGAGUCUCAGUCAACAUGAAUAUAUGCAAGGACUACGAGCCGGUGAGCGAGCGAUGAAGGAUCGUUUGUUCGCGGAUACGAUUGCCGCAAAGUCACCGUUGCCAUCCCCGUCUCCAGAAUCUAGACAUCGCUAUGCGGUGAGCACGCAUCCUAAUGUUAGUGCUCUUGCUUUAGCAGCGAUAGGUGAAAUUGCAGCGACAAGAACGAUUGAGAAUAUGAGAUCCACCCAAGAUGAAUCUUCGGCGAUCGGUAUUUUCUUCGACAGCGGUUGGGUGCCGAAGAGCAUAUGCAAACAAUAUUUCGAUCGUUCGUGCAAAAUCGGCAAAUACAGAACUGUUGACGGUAGCUGCAAUCGACCGAGAGGAUGGGGUUCUAGCAUGACACCUUUUAGGAGAGUUUUGCCACCAGAUUACGCUGACGGGAUCGAUUCCCCUCGGAAGGCGCGGUCAGGAAAGGAGUUGCCUUCUGCCAGAGAAGUCAGUCUGAAAAUACACAAACCUUCAGCCAGCAGCAAUCCGUCCUUCACGGUGAUGCUGGCUGUAUUCGGUCAGUUUCUGGAUCACGACGUUACAGCCACCGCGCUCAGUCAGGGUAUUAAUGCAAGUUCGAUAGCGUGCUGUUCAGUCUCGAAAGAACAACAUCCCGAAUGCUUCCCCAUUCGAGUCGGAACCGGCGAUCCUGUGCACGAUCUGAAUAACAGAACCUGCUUGGAUUUCGUAAGAUCGGCACCAGCUCCGCGAUGCGAACUCGGUCCCAGGGAACAGCUUAAUCAAGUCAGCGCCUUCAUCGACGGUUCAGCCAUUUAUGGUUCCAACAAUGAGACUACUCGUAAUCUACGCGAGUUCAUCGGCGGUCGUUUAAAGAUGCAGCUCACCCCCGAUAACAGAACCCUAUUACCGCCAAGCACGAAUCCUAACGACGGCUGUAACCGAGAAGCCGAGCGACGUCGUGGCCGUUAUUGCUUCGCUGCGGGUGACGCCAGAGCAAACGAGAAUCUACACUUAACCACAAUGCAUCUUCUCUGGGCGCGGCAGCACAACAGGAUCGCGGAUGAAUUGUCCAAAGUUAAUCCCGCUUGGAGUGACGAAGUACUCUUUCAGGAAACGCGACGCAUCGUUGGCGCUCAACUGCAACACAUCACCUAUCGCGAGUUUUUACCCAUCAUCGUAGGCAAUGAAAGAAUGAAGAAACAAGGCUUGAACCCUCUUGGUUCAGGCUAUAGAAAACAGACGUAUGAUCCAAAUGACCUGGAGAACGACCCGACGAUAGCCAAUCACUUUGCGAGCGCGGCUUUUCGUUUUGCACACACUUUACUACCAGGAUUGAUGAGAAUGACAGACGCAGAGAAGGGUACGUCAUCGUACGUGGAACUACACAGGAUGCUUUUCAAUCCGUACAGCCUCUACGCCGAAGACGGCAUCAAGUGUUCAGUCAGCUCGGCCAUGACCAACGUCAUUCAAAAAUACUCUACGCAUGUCACUUCGCAGCUGACAAGUAAUCUCUUCGAAGAUCCCGUAGCCAAUUUCACGAUACCUUGCGGUCUUGAUCUGGUGUCGUUGAACAUUCAACGUGGACGGGAUCACGGAUUACCGGGAUACACUGUGUGGCGAGAAUAUUGCGGAUUAGGAAAAGUGGAAACGUUUGACGAUCUCGAAGGAUAUUUGAAUCACCAGGAUUUGGAACAAAUAUCGAUACUUUACGAGUCGAUCGACGAUAUAGAUCUAUAUACCGGCGCAUUGUCGGAAAUUCCGGAGUUAGACAGCUUGGUCGGGCCUACGUUUACGUGUUUGAUCAUUGAUCAAUUCGCACGUUUGCAGAAAGGAGAUCGUUUCUGGUAUGAGUAUGCCGAGCAACCAUAUCCCUUUACAGAAGAACAACUCGUGGAGCUACGCAAGAGUUCAUUGGCCAAAAUAAUAUGCGAUUGUUCCGACGGAAUUACGCAUGCUCAGAUGGAAUUAAUGCAUUCUGUUGGACCUGAUAACCCUAUGGUAUCUUGCAAAGAUAUACCAGAACCUUCUUUUACAUUAUGGAAGGAAAACCUCACUUCCAAUUUAGCGUUAUCAACAGAUAAAAAAUCCGAACAAAUCAAUUAGACGGCCAUUAAAUAAAUUAGGCGAUGCGAUAAAUAAACAUGUUGUGUAAAAAGCAUAAGAAAUUUUAGACUUAUACCCCAAUUGAUCUAAAAAGCAAUCUUCACAAAUAAGAAUUAUACUUAUAUAUAAUUCUAUACAUUUCUAAGUUGGAAAAUUAUUUUUUCAUCUAUCUAUGCAAUCUUAUAAAUCUCGCUAUAUACAAAUCAAGAACUGAAUAAAAAAUAUUGAAUAAAACAAAUAUAAAAUGAAAGGAUUAGUUAAAACAUGUUUAACAUCUUUUUGUUUUUCACUUUUAAAUAAAUUUGAACAUACUUUUGCAUAAAUUGAAAUGUCUCUUCGAAUAUCUUUUAGUAACAUUUUAACGCUGAAAGAGAUUGUUGUAGCUAAUUUGCAACAUAGAUUUUUAAAAUAUUAAAAUAUUCAGUAUACUCACGCACCAAUGCCAAUUUCGUCGAAUUUUCGCCAUUAAGAUUAGAGCCUGUAUCUGUAAAUAAAUAAUUGAUAAAAUAAAUAAUA